UCGGACGCAUCUUCGGCUUUGGGACCCGACAGUCAUAAUGGUACCACUCAUUCUGUUAUGGCCUUUUAUUAUGGCUCUUUGUUGUGGCAUUUGCGAUUGUAUUCGAGUGAGUAAAAAAACAAUGACAGGAGGCAAGCAGCCGAAUAUAGUGUUUAUGUUCGCAGAUGACCUUGGGUGGAAUGACGUCAGCUUCCACGGUAGUCGACAGGUAAAGACGCCCUUCAUUGACAGUCUGGCAGCCUCUGGAUUGAUUCUGAACAAUUAUUACGCGGCUGCUAUGUGUACCCCCAGCAGAGCCGCAUUCCUCAGUGGAAGAUACCCAUUCAGAACUGGACUUCAGGAAUGUCCCGCCUUUUUUCCUCAUCAACUCACCCCCCUUUUUUCAGAUACUACACUUAAAAAUGCUAAACAGAACUACGUCAUUGACUCCGGGCAGAGGAUGGGGCUGCCGCUGGAAAAUAAAUUGCUCCCCCAACAUCUGAAUGAGUUGGGAUAUGAGAGUCACAUGGUUGGCAAGUGGCAUCUCGGAUCCUUCCACAAAAACUACACUCCAACUUACAGAGGAUUCAAAUCUUUCUAUGGCUACUACUACGGAAGCAACGACUACUAUGACCACCAGAGAUACGUCACAUUGGACGAUGGCUCCGACCGACAGUGGUGGGGACUAGAUUGGCACCUGGAUUUCGAGGGGGGCAAUCUGAGCAACGUGAACAGUGACUUCGGAAUGUACAGCACACAUGCAGUCACUCAAAGAGUCACUUCAGAGCUGAUUGGGAAACACGAUUUCAGCUCACAGCCCCUCUUUCUCUACGUGGCAUUUCAGAAUAGCCACUCUGCUUCUUCCCAGGAUCCUCUUCAAGUCCCAAGGACAUCCGAAGAUCUCUUUCCGCACAUAUGGCACAAACAGAGACGCAAGCAAGCCGCAAUGUCUUACGAAUUAGAUUUGGCAGUGCAACAAAUUUAUCAGUCUUUGCAGUCGAGAGGUGUUUUGAGCAACACAAUCAUCGUGUUCAGCUCCGACAACGGGGGGCCGACAGCUGGGUCGGGGGGAAGCUUCGCCGACAACUUCCCUCUGAGGGGGAGCAAGUCGUACUAUUUCGAGGGAGGGGUGAGAGUGGCUGGGUUUGUGUGGGGGAGUAUGUUCAAGAAGAGAUCUGGACAGGUAUCGAUGGAUCUGAUGCACUUGACUGAUUGGUUGCCGACGUUAGUUGAAGCCGCAGGCGGCAACUCCUCGGAGCUUUCAGACUACGACGGAUUCAACAUGCUUAAUAUUCUCACUGGAUCAGACGUUGAGAACCCGAGAAGCGAAGUAGUUCUCAACAUAAACUCAAUUACAAACCUCAAAGCCAUCAAAGUCGGCGAUUUUAAGUACAUGCUGAACCCUAAUGACCGCAUGAGUGAUGAGUUCGACAACUGGUUUGCAGCUCCUGGAAUCAAUCCUGACACGAAUGAAACUGUAGUUCCAGACUGCAAGCCAGCGCAGAUAUUUUGUGGUCCAGUUCCAACAGCAGUAAAUCCAAGUUGCUUCUCGAGCCAAACCAACCGAACCGAAUGUCUAUUCAACAUCAAGAACGAUCCCUGUGAAUACUACAACUUGGUCGAUAAUCCUAUGUACAAUAAAAUUAAAAACGAUAUCUUACAACGUCUUGAGAAAUGGGAGAGUUUACAAGUUUUGCCUCAAAACCCGCCCGUAGAUCCGGAAGGAAACCCAAAAUUGCAGAAUUAUAACUGGCAACCGUGGACGGACGACCCAAAUCUACCAACAGAGAGCGCAAACUCUGGAGAAAAAAUGAAAACAACUGAAAAGUGAUUUUUAUUUGGAAAUAUUUUAGCUUCGUUUUGCUACUAUUAACUAAAAUUGCAAGCCAGUGUAAGCAA